UAUGUUUGCAUGAAUUAUGUUUUAGUUAGAUGAAUAGCUGUUUGCAGACUCGUAGGUCACUUGCCUUAAUGCGAUGGUCUCUUAAAACUUACAUUUUCCCCACUGCCGGCCAUUGGGGAACCUGUUAUAAUCAAGUCAAUGACAAUUAGGUUCCUUAACAAAUACAGCCACAAUUCACCCUUUCUCUACAUUCCUCACCUUCCAUCCCAACCUACCUCUGAAUAACAACAUAGAUUAAAAACAUCAGUAAGAACAAUGCCGGUACUGUUAUACCCUUUGGUUCAAAAUCUGACAAAUCGUGCUGAGAAAAUUAUAUAACACAACAGGGUAUUUGUUGUUACUGUCUGCAUCUAGCACAGUUUUCGAUUUAGCCCCGUUCUCUUCUCCAUCCCGUUGACCUUUCUAGCAUUCUUCUUCAUACAGUUCCAUGUCCCCUUGAUGAUCUGUCUCUUCACUGUGUACACCAUACAUUCCACCAUUACAGACAGCCAUGAAUGGAUCAGUUGGCAACUCCAAGGGAAAAGUUAUCACCUGUAAAGCUGCUGUGUGUUGGGCACCUGGGGAAGCUCUGGUGAUGGAAGAUAUUCAAGUGGCCCCACCGCAGGCUCUGGAAGUUCGCAUCAGGAUCAUAUGCACUGCUCUGUGUCACACUGAUGUCAGUUUUUGGAGCAAUAAACAGGAUAACACAAGGUAUCCUCAAAUUUUUGGCCACGAAGCAGUUGGAAGAGUGGAAAGUGUGGGGGAAAAUGUGAAGGAUAUUGAGGAAGGAGACCUGGUAAUACCUGUGUUUAUGCCGCAUUGCACUGAGUGUGUGGAUUGCAAGUCAACCGAAAGCAAUAUGUGUGCCAGAUCAGAAAAUCUAAUUUCUGGACUGAUGGCAAGUGACAAUAGCAGCAGAUUCAGCAUCAAUGGGAAACCCAUAUACCAUUUUUUGGGUGUUUCCAGCUUCUCCGAAUACACUGUUGUAGAAGUUGACUCUCUCGUCAAGAUAGAUCCAAUGGCUGCCCCUGAUAAAGUUUGUCUUCUUAGCUGUGGGGUCACAACAGGGUUAGGUGGGGUUUGGAAGGUGGGUAAUGUACAGAAAGGCUCAACUGUUGCUGUCUUUGGUUUAGGAACUGUUGGCAUGGCUGUUGCAGAAGGGGCAAGAAUCAGAGGUGCAUCUAGAAUCAUCGGUGUUGAUGUGAACCCUAAAAAAUUUGACAUUGGAAAGAAAUUCGGUGUUACAGAAUUUGUGAAUCCUAAAGACCAUGAAAAGCCUGUUCAUCAGGUGAUCAAAGAAAUGACUGGAAGUGGGGUGGAUUACAGCUUUGAAUGCACAGGCAACAAGUCUGUCAUUGUUGAAGCCUUCAAAAGCACUCGUAAUGGAUGGGGUACAACAGUGAUUAUAGGGGUCAAUAUGACAGAGAUACCCAUAGACUUUGGAGAAUUGCUGUGUGGUAAGACCAUAAAAGGAUCAUUAUUUGGAGGAAUGAAGGCAAAAACAGAUCUUCCCCUACUGGUAGACAUGUAUAUGAAAAAGGAGCUUCAGCUUGAUGAUCUCAUUACUCAUGAAAUCUCAUUUCCAGAGAUCAACAAGUCAUUUGAAUUGUUGAAGGGAGGGGAGUGUUUGAGAUGCAUUAUGUGGAUGGACAUGGCAUUGCAUUAGCUUUCUACAGAGAACGCUUGGAUUUGGUAGUAUUUUAGCCUAUUGUGGAGAAUAUAUAUAUUUUACAUCGUUGAUCCUCAUCCAACCAUGUUACUUUCUGUUCUUGAUAAUAAUUUUUCUUAACAUUUUGGAUCAUCCUCCAUAAUCCAAUGAAUAAACUUGAAAAGAGAAAAUCCGAAUGAAUAAAAGAAGUUUUGUUCUCCUUUUCAUAAUAAAAUUCUUACUGUAAUCAUUAAAUUUUGAUCUUAAGUUUCAAAUUAUGGCCUUGUUUGAGUUCACAAGCAAACAUCUUUAGCUGGGAUCCUGGUGAAAUUCACCAUGCAGUGGCAGUUCGCAUUAAUAUAUGGAAAUUUUAAAUGUAAUGUUUCAUAAAUUAAUUGAACGAGUGAGCUCUUUGAGCUAACUUCACCA